UGUAUGGCCCAUUGUAUUGUAUCCUUCUUCCCACAGAACAAGGAAGACAUUUGUGUCCUCCACCUUUAUUCACAUUUGUAACUGCUAGACGCUACUAGAACCCUUGCCCUACACGCUUUCCACGUGGCAUCCUCUCGUCCCAGCGAAAUCUCCUUGAUAUUAUUUUUUUAUUUCCUUAUAAAGAACAGAAUCUCUUCUUAUCCUUUUACCUCAAAGAAAACAUCGAAAUCUUAGAGAAGAAGAAAAGAAAAAGAAGAGAAAUGACAGAGAAGAAAGAGAUGGAAGUGGUGAAAGGGCUCAACGUGGAGAGAUACAUGGGCCGUUGGUACGAGAUUGCUUCUUUCCCAUCAAGGUUUCAGCCAAAGAACGGCGUCGACACUCGCGCCACCUACACCCUUAACCCCGACGGUACCAUACACGUCUUGAACGAAACGUGGAGCAACGGGAAGAGGGGUUUUAUCGAAGGCAGCGCCUAUAAGGCCGAUCCUAAAAGCGACGAAGCCAAGCUCAAAGUCAAGUUCUAUGUCCCUCCUUUCCUCCCAAUCAUUCCCGUCACCGGAGACUACUGGGUGCUCUACAUCGAUCCUGACUACCAGCACGCUCUCAUUGGCCAGCCUUCCAGGAGUUAUCUCUGGAUAUUGAGCAGGACGGCGCAAAUGGAGGAAGAGACGUAUAAGCAGCUGGUGGAGAAGGCAGUGGAGGAAGGUUAUGACAUCAGCAAGCUUCACAAGACUCCUCAGAGUGACACACCACCUGAGUCCAACACUGCCCCUGAAGACUCCAAGGGCGUUUGGUGGUUCAAAUCUCUCUUCGGCAAAUAGAUUACACGGCACACAAAGACUUUGUUUCACCUCUUUGAUCCUUUUGUCUGUGUAAUAUACUACCCCCUUUGUCUACUCUAGUUAUCUUCCAUCAUCUGCUUUUGUCUAUUUACGACAUCUUCAUCUAGUUAUGCAAAGUCGUCUCUUUUACCAUAAGGAAGCGCACACAAAUUCAAUCAGAUCAAAUCUGGGAAAGACAAUUCAAAUCUUGCAGAAGUUGACAUUAUGUAUUUGGAUAAACACACCACACGACUCGAGACUUAUGGAAUCAAAAUAAUGCAUGCAAACUACAGACGGAAUUAUAUGUAUAGAUAAGACGAUAGAAAAAACAGUCUCCCCCCAGCAAAAGUUUGGUUGACUAUAUACCCAGCAGGACUUCCAGCUCACAGAAUAGUACAGCAUGAAUUUGUUUUCUUCGCUUGCUUGUAAAACAUCUGUUCCAACCAAUACA